AACAACAACCAGCACGGAGAGUAGAAGAAUCAAAAGCAAAGAAAACCCAACAAAAAUCAACUGCGAAAAUUUUAGUGCCUUGGUGCGCCACGAGUUUCCACCAAAAAACACACACAGCACAUACGUUGAAUAAAUGUUGCUGCAUAAAUGGCAAGCAAAUAGUUGAUGUGUGUUUGUGUGUGUGCAGCAAAUAUCAAAGCGACUUACAGUUACUCGAAAAAUAGUGCAACGCAACCAACUUCGAGAGCGAGAGCGAGCGAGAAAGAGAACAUCAUGUCCUGGACAGAGAAAGUGGACCCCGAGCUAAUCUUCACCAAGCAGGAGCGAAUUGGCAAAGGCUCCUUCGGGGAGGUCUUCAAAGGCAUCGAUAAUCGGACGCAGCAGGUGGUGGCCAUAAAGAUCAUUGAUUUGGAGGAGGCAGAAGAUGAAAUCGAUGAUAUACAGCAGGAGAUAAUGGUGCUAUCCCAAUGCGAUUCACCAUAUGUGACGAAAUACUAUGGCUCCUUCUUGAAGGGCACCAAGCUAUGGAUCAUUAUGGAGUAUCUCGGCGGUGGCUCCGCCUUGGAUCUGAUGAAGGCCGGUUCGUUUGAGGAGAUGCACAUUGGGAUCAUAUUGAGGGAGGUGUUAAAGGGUCUCGACUACUUGCACUCGGAGCGCAAACUGCAUCGGGACAUUAAGGCGGCCAAUGUACUCCUCAGCGAACUAGGCGAUGUGAAGCUGGCGGAUUUUGGUGUCGCCGGCCAAUUGACGAAUACGACAUCCAAGCGCAACACGUUUGUGGGCACACCCUUCUGGAUGGCACCGGAAGUGAUUAAGCAGUCACAAUAUGAUUCCAAGGCGGACAUCUGGUCGCUGGGCAUAACGGCAAUUGAGCUGGCCAAAGGAGAACCACCCAAUUCGGAGCUGCAUCCGAUGCGUGUGCUCUUCCUCAUACCCAAGAAUAAUCCGCCACAGCUUACGGGCAAUUAUACGAAGUCGUUUAAGGACUUUGUCGAAGCGUGUUUAAAUAAGGAUCCGGAGAAUCGUCCCACAGCCAAGGAGCUGCUCAAAUAUCCGUUCAUCAAGAAGGCCAAAAAAAAUGCUUACUUGAUUGAUCUAAUCGAUCGCUUCAAGAAAUGGAAACUCUCCAAGGGCGAUGAGAGUGAAACUGAAUCGGAGAACUCCGAUUCUGAUUCGGAUGCCAAGCAGGGCAGCGGUGGCGGCAGCGGCAGCAGUGCCGAUGAACCCUGGAUCAUGACCGUCAAGGGAUUGCACAUCAAUAGUGCUCCACGGGCCGGUGUGAACAGCUUCCAGCUGCAGGAGCACGAGCUUACCAUGCAGAAACUAAUGGCAACCACACAUUCACCAGCGGGCAAUCCCGCCAGCACCGCAUCCACGAGCAACAGUAUUGGAGCAGGAGCGGCAGCAGCAGCGGCAGCAACAACGCCUGGCAAUGACUCCCCCGCGCCCAACAAUAACAACAACAACAAUAGCAACAACAAUAACUUGAGCAGCAAAGCGACAACAACCACAAUGCUUAAUGCAACACCAACAGGCGGAUCAGGAAGCGGCGGCGGUGCAGGAGGUGGAGGUGGCGGCGCCGGAGUAAAGCAAUUGCAGGUGAGCAGCUCGACGUCGGCCAAUGAGUUGCUGCAACAGAAGCGUGCCAACUCAAAGCCAGAGUUGCGUCAAUCACGUUCUGCCACGCUGGAUCAGGUGGAGGAGCGACGCGCCUCCUUGGGCAUGCCACUGAAUAUGGAGCAGCAACAUCAACAGCAGCAGCGUCGCAGCAACAAUCGUGAAUCAUUCCAUGCAACAGGCAGCAGCAGCAGCAACAGCCACCAACAACAGCAGCAGCAACACCAACAGCAACAACAACAACACAACAACGAUUUAUCCAAUCAUGGCAAGCAGCUGGCCAACGAUCCUCGCCAGCGACUGUCGCAUCAUCAUCAUCAGCAUCAGCACAGCACGAAUAGCGCUUGCUUGAACAAUUUGCUCUUCCCCGUGCUGAGCGAUAUACAGCGGAAGUACAACAAUAGCAGCAAGAAUUUGCAGGGUGUCCACGGUGUCGGUGUGGGCAGUGAUAUUGGCGAUCUGAAGUCCGUCUUUGAGCUGGCCGAACGUUCCACGCCCGGCGUCAGUGAUCUGUUUAUGAAGGAGCUCAUCCAUAUGCUUGUGCCGGGCUAUUCGGAGACGCGCAUCAAUAAUAUCAUAGAUCGCGCCAUACGCAAUCGCAAAUAGGCAACCAAAAUUCCAAAUCAAAAAAACAUCUAAAUAUAUAUAUAUAUAUUUAUAUAUACUAUAUA